UUCUUGAUGAUAAUAAUGGCGUCUCCUUCUGUCUGGAGAGCGAUGUGGAUGGCAAUCCCGUUAAUUUCAGUGGUUGGCCUAUUGAGUGUGAAGCUGGUCGGGGCCAGUCAAGAAUCUGGGAGUGUCAUUCCAGCAGAAAGUCGUCCUUGUGUUGACUGCCAUGCAUUUGAAUUCAUGCAGAGGGCCCUGCAGGAUUUAAAGAAGACUGCGUACAAUCUAGACACACGGACAGAAACCCUCCUCCUGAGAGCAGAAAAGAGAGGCCUAUGUGAUUGCUUUCCUGCAAUGCACUGAAAUGAGCACUGGGACAUGGCCAAUGGACAUUAUUCAUUUUAAAAAUGCUAUUGAAUAAACUACGGACAGAUUUAUUGAGGAUAGGUUGUGAGCAUAUGUCACAAUGUAAGGAAAAGAUUGUUUUCAUCUGUACAAAUUCAACUGAGUUAGACCUUUUUUGCUUUGACAUAGUUGAUCAUUACUGUAUCUCUUGUCACACAUGCUGAAAUGUCAAAGAAGAAACAGUGCCAAAGUUGCACUUCUACGAUUUAUGUAACAAUAGAUUUGCAUUAUUCUGAAAUUUCAAGUCAAGUUUUGCCCUUGGAUGUUCAGGCUAGGUCUUCCACAGAUGUAAAUUAGCAUAGGUCCACUAAAGAACUACACCAGUUCAUACCAACUGGGGAUGAGGCCCCAAGGGGUUUCCAUUGGAUUUACUGAUGACUGACGAUGGGUGUAUCCAAUGUCAAAAUAUGACCCUACACAUCCAAAAGCAGCUUAUUCUACAAUGAUGUUCAGCUAAAGAGUUAUCUACAAAAAGUCAGUUUGAUGUAGAAAAUAAUGGUUAACAUUUACUGCUUUGCAGUGUGAACAAAGCAGUUAUCUAUCAUAUUAAUAUACCAAUUGUAUCAGUAUCUAGUAUGUUAUAUACCGUUAUUUGCAUCUCACAACAUACAGCCAUACAGUAGAUCUGAUCUUGGGGUUUGGUUGGGUUUUUUUUGGGAGAGGGGAGAGAAAGGGUUAACUGGGCUGCGGGGCGUGGGAAGGGAAAGUAAUCAGCAACAUUAGCAAUCACAUGAAUGCUGCCUGGCAGCUUAACAGGAUGUACCUGCCAAAACUUUCUGAAGAAGUGCCCUUUAUUAAGCAAACCACGUAUUGGAUUGAACCUUUCAGCUGACCUUCUUCACAUGGUUUUGGCAGAGGCUCUACACAAUGCCUAUGCCUCACUUAAGUCCCCGGUAAGUCCUAUUUUGGGGAGUUAAGUGGUGCUUAAAUUGUGCAUAGCCUUUGAGUGAGCCUUCUGAAUAGGCAUGAAUUUCACCCUAGGAUCCUGCUGCAGCAAGCUGUUGAUUGUUUCCUGUCUGGUGAUCCUGCUAAGUGCCUUCAGCUCCACACUGCCGUCAGUGGAAAAUGAGGGUGCUCAGGACCUCUGAGGAGACACGCAGCAGUCUGCACUAGCUGGCCGUGUUACUCCUUUAAACCUUGCAAGUGAAAUAUGAUCCCUUUUCAAGUCUUUCAUCUCCAUUUUGUUUGCCAGGCAAACCUCUUGUGGAAAAGUCUUAUAGAAAAUAACAAACUUUCUCCAGGGUUCUUAAACCAUCUUGUAGAAUUAAUAGAGAAUUAUAUCCUGGCUAUAGAAUGCUAUAGGCUGGUUUACAAGUUCUAUAGACAGGACAGUAUUCUCUGUCUGAAAUGACCCAGGUUUUCAGAGUAAUAUCUGUUCAUUCUCAUUGUUUAAUUCCUAUUGAAUUCAAUAGCACCUUUCCAGAAGUGACUGACAGGUUACUGUCGGGCUGCUCAGGAAUGGAGGGGCUUCUACUUUUUUUCCUUAAUGAAACAAUUAGCUUUGAAACAUUUAUUAUCAUAAUUACAUACCUAUAAAUUACAUACAAAGUGAGAUAUGGGGAAGAACGUCAAGAUUCGCUUUGGGGUUACCAGUGUCCCUUGGGCUACAAGUAGUGUCCGAAUUGCUAAACAUUUUGGCAAAACUGGAGGAUGAGGCGUUCUAAGCACAACACCCGCAGGGCUGUAAUUAUAAAACCAUGCUGGGGCUCAAGUCCUGACAGCUUGCAGGAGGCAUCCUGUAAACAGCUUCCAGGGUGAUAUACCUGACUCAUCUGAGACCCUGCUGCCAAACACCAACAUCCUGUUGAACAUCUCCAGAUGUUCAUUUGACAUUUACAACAACCAGUAAACAGAAAUGACUCACAGUAUCCGAAUUCAUUGUCAGUGGUGGAGGACCUUACGUGCUGCGGCUCUCUUGGGCCCGAUCCUGCAGUCCGUCAGUUUGGAUGAAAUUCAGCCCCGUGGGGAGAGCCAGCUGUAGAUCUGUGCAUCAUUUAAAUCCUCCUUAAGAUGUGGGGCUCAGGUGGGAUUUAAAUGCAUCAACCUUGAGCUGGCUUUCUGCAUGGGGUGAAUUUCACCCUGUGACUUCAACAGGAGUUUUGCCUGAGAAAAGACUUUAGGAUUGGGCCCCACAUUCUCCAGGGAAAGGAGAAACCUCCUCUCACUCUUCAUUACAGGUGUGAAUCAUGCCUUGCACCUUGCAAGAGAAGCCACUUGUGCAGAUCAUCAGGGACCAAUAUUUACUGAGCCUCCUGUGCAGAUCCUCCAGUGAAGUCAGGAAGAGUUUUGUGUGUAAUAAGGGCUGCGGGACCAGGUUAUAAAAUAGAAAACUAUUUCUAGUCUCAUUGCACCGUGCUCUAAAGUAGUUCACCAUGGCUAGUGGGUAGCUGUAGAUGUCUCUGCUACAGAUCACGUAUUUUUCUACAGGCAGAAGACAUUAGGUGAAACCCACCCCUUUGCAAAGAGACAGCACAAGGUCAAUGCACCACUUAACUCCCACUUGGACUUAAGUGGCCUUGUGCUGACCUCUGCACAAGGGGUAAAUUUCACCCUGUAUGCAUCAUUGAACCUGUGGAUUUUCUAGCACAGCCUCACCCUUUGGGGAGUGGGGGUAAAUAUAGUAUCCAUGGCUUUCUAUCAAUAUUUUGCACGCUUAUUACUGUUGCAACACCUUAAAGAGUCUGGAAAGUCUUACAAGCAAAUAAUAUUGUUUGGUAUGUCAUGCAUUGCAUUUAGAAAGUGGUCGAUAGCAUUUGAAUUUUCACACACGCAUCGUAUCGUGAGUUCGAAGCAGAGUGAAAAAUAGGUGGAUGUUUGCCAUGUAGAAUUCAUUGCAAGUUCCCAGCUGUGACGGUAACCAUUAUGUUGUAUGUACUCCUCAUUGUCUAUAACAAUAAAAGAUGAGCUGUAUUACAGCG